CACAUUUGAAUUAAAACGCAAAGAGUAUGGAAUAUACACUAAAUGAUGCUUACGAGACGUUAAAGGACAAGAGAGCGGAACUGGAAAAAGAUCUAGAGGAGCUAAUACACAAGAUAUCGAAUAAUGAAGUUCUUACUAUAAAUUCGUCAAGUUCAGGAGAUGAUGUUAGGUUGAGGCAAGACCAAUUGGAACAGAAUCUGUUGAAAGAAAUCCAACAGAUGCAACCUGAGAAUUAUCCAAUUCCUAGGACGUCUGAUUUACGCACUGAGGUGAUGAAAGAAAUAGAAGAAGAAAUUCACAACAUGCAAGGGCUUUAUGUCAGUUUAGAAGAAAGGCUUUCUGAUGUUCAAGAAAAUAUAACGUACUUAAAAAAUAAAAAGAGCGCGUUAGAAAAAAUGAAAAAAACUUAUCUGGACACUAAGAAGACAUUUGCAAAUAAAACAUACGAGAAUGAACUUAUCUUAACUAAACAUAUAUUUCAAGAUGUGAAGAAUGAUUUAUACACGGUUGUUGAUACACUUUUUCCUGACAAUGAAGGUUUCAAGGAUUUAUUAGCAACAUUAACUAGUGCUUAUCAGAAAGGUGGAGAUAAUGCUUAUGUGGAUGUUACACCAAACACUUUAGAUUAUGUGAUGUUUCUACUAGAAGCCGAUAUAGUACAGUAUCACCGUAAUGACAAGACUAAAAUUAAACUGACCGAAUUAUUAUGAAUGUCCGAAAAAAUAU